CAGCGGGUGCAGUGGCGCUGCUGCUGCUGCUGGUGGCGGUGGGAUGGGGGGUAUGGAGGUGGAGGAAGGGGAGGAAGGGGAGGGAGCAGACGGGGGAGGAUUUGAUCAUUCUCCCACCAAUUUUCCUUCUUCCCGCCUUUCCGCCGUCUCCCCUCCAGCUGCGCCCAUGCUAAACCGCACACCCCCCUGCCCGCACAUUCCCCUGGCUGACAUCCUCAGCGCCACGAAUGGGUGGGCGGAGGGGCGCAGGGUGGGGGGAGGCAGGUGGAGUGACGUGUACCGGGGGGAAUGGGUGGAGGGGGGGGAUGGGGGGGAUGGGGAGAAGCAUGGGAGGGAGGACGGAGGGAAGGAUGCGGAGGAAACAGGAAAGAAGAAGCGGCAAGGGGGAGAGGUCUCGGGGGGGUCGAAGGGUAAGGAGGGGAGCGACAAGGGGAAAGAGUCACAAGGCAAGCAGCUGUCAGGGGCGAAGGUGUGGAAGGGGGGGAGGCGGGGGGACAAGUGGGCGGUGAAGCGCAUGAGGGGGGGGGCGCAUGGGGCAGAGAGGGCAGAGUUUGAGGCUCAUGUGGCGGGCUUGGCUCGCCUCGGCCACCCCAACGUGCUGGCUCUCGUGGGCUGCUGCUGCUGCCCUGUGGAGGAGGUUGAGGGGAAGGGAGAGGCAACAGGGGAGGGGUGGGGGAAGCAGGAGGAGGUGGGGAAGGAAGGGAGGAAGCGGGAGGGGGGGAAUGAGGUGGUGUUGGUGUACAAGUGGAUGGAGCGGGGCAGCUUGCAGGCAGCACUGCAGCCAGCAGGCGCCACACCCUUGUCGCUGCAGCAGCGGGUGGGCGUAGCAGUGGGCGUGCUGAGGGCGCUCAAGGCAGUGCAGAGCCACGGGCAGGUGCAUGGCGACCUCAAGCCCUCCAACGUGCUGCUCGGGGCCUCCUUUGAGAUGCCAUCCUCCCUCUCCCUCCUCUCCAACCUCUCCCUUUCUCCGCUCCCUCUUCCCAUCUCCACCCCUUUUGACCUUCCCGUUCUAAUUCCACCCUGCGUUGGCCAGUGUGGGAGUGCUGCUGCUACAGCUGCUCACAGGGUGGGCGGGUCCCUUCAGGGAUGUGGAUGGGCAGCGCAUCCACAUCUAUCACUGGGUGCGUGGGGCUCUGGCGUGGCAUGA